CUUGUAAUGCUGCUACAAUCGCAAGUUUGGCAGCCAGCAGCAGACGCAUGAUGGGCGACGGCGACGAGAUCCUCUGCGCCGGGUACCUCACCAAGCGCGGCCACGUCGUGACCAACUGGAAGACGCGCUUCUUCGUGCUCCGGCCGCAUGCGAUCUUGUGCUACUACGCCGACGACUCGAUGGUCAAGAAGCUCGGCCAAGUGCACCUCGUCAAGGUCGCGCCGUGGGAGUACUUUUCGGCGACGACGGGCAACAGCGUCCUCAAGUCGGCGCGGGGCAGCGACGAGAUGAAGUUUGGCUUCAUGUUUUUCACGACCAAGCGCGUUGCCUACUACGUCUACGCCAACGUCAACGCCGAGCGCCAAAGGUGGCUCCUCGCCCUCCAAGACCUGUACGUUGUCACGUCCAACGCGACCGACUGCGAAGGCUACCUCACCAAGCGCACGCCCGGCUUUUCGUUCCUGAGCUCCCGCCCCAAGUAUUACGUGCUCACGGGCACACUUCUCAAAUGCUACAACGACGAAGAAGGCUACCGCGGCCACGACGUACCGUCGGCCAAGAUCCACAUCAAGACGGUCGGCAAGUGGGAAGACGGUCUCAUGGUGCAGUCGGAGACGGGCUCGAUGCUAUACCUCUCGACGUUGCACCCGGACGACCAGGAGCGCUGGAUGCGAUCGGUGACGACCAACGUCGCGUCGGCGAUCAAGCCGAUCUCGUGCGCCGGGUACCUCACCAAGCAAGGCCACCGGCGCAAGAGCUGGAAGCGGCGCUACUUUGUGCUCCGGGGCGCGACCCUAUCGUACUACUCGGACUACGACUCGAUGAACAAGCAGAGUCUGGCCGAGGUCGGCGUCGAAGACGUUGCGCUCUGGGACGGCGAGCAGUUUGGUUUCCAGUUCAUUACGACCGAGCAAGUGCCCUACUACGUCUUUGCCGAGAGCGACCGCGAGCGGCAAAAGUGGAUGGUCGCCCUCCAAACGCUCAUCCGCAACCAUGGCGCACCGCUGCAAAUGCCCACGGUGCUAGCGCCGCCCAGCAGCGCCAAGUGCUGCCCCAAGUGCCGGCACAUGGUCACGGGCUCGCGCUUCUGCGGCUCGUGCGGCCACAACGUCGAUCUGCCGUACACCAAGCCGCCAAUGGUCCCACGCGACGGCAGCGAGCAGAGUGCGUACUCGAGCCGGAGCACGUCGCCGGCGCACCGCAUGAGCGUGCAAGUGCCGCCCCGUGGUCCGCCGCCGUCGCAUCACAACAGCCACAACCACAACAACAACCAGCACGACCACGACCACGACGAUCUGUUGCACGACAUGGAAGCGCUCUCGGAAGGCGCGCAGCACCUGCUCAUUGCGGUCCUCGAAGCGUCGCCGCGUGCGAGCGACCUCAAGCGCGUCACGUCGGCGUUGAACGACCUCAGCGGCGCGUCCAACUCGUUUGUGAUGCUCGAAUCGGUCGACGUCGACGUCGACAACAACGGCGACGACGAGCUCGACGAAGCGCUCGCAAAGGCCGACCUCACGCAUGACAGCAAACAGUACGAGGCGGUGCGCGAGUCCUUUGUGCACGACAAGGUCGUCGUCGUGCCGCCGUCGCACGAAGAAGAAGACUACUCCGAGUCGGAAGACGAGGCGCACCCGAACCAACACGACCCAGCGCCGUUGCGCCCGUCGCUCCUCUCGGCGUCGUCCAUCGAAGAGGAAUGCAAGGACGAGGAUAACCAAACGCCGUCGCCCGUUGCUGCGCCGUCGAGCGACGACCAAGCCAAGGGCAACGAGCCGCUGCCGCGCCCAAGCUCGUUUGGCGAGCUCGACUUGAAGGGUAUCAUCGGCCUCGAGAAGGAAGAAGAGGUCGCUCCGCGACCAAUGGCGGCAACAGUGGUCGACGCCGCCAAGAGCCUUGGCCACUACCUCGAGACAAAGCUCAACAUGGAGUCGCUGUACCUGCCCUCGAAAGAGGCGCCGCUGCGCUGCCGCAUCUAUGCAUCAAAACACUAUGCGCAGAUGGAGAAGCUCGUCAUCUUCAUCGGCGACUCAGGCGCACUGGGUGCGUGGAAGCACGCCGAGUCGCACGCCGCCGACGACAUGGAGCAUCCGUUCUCGAUGCGCUCGUACAUUGAGCACGCGCUGCAAGACAGCUACGGCGUUCUCGUCUGCAACCCGUACGUCAACUCGGCGCUUGUGUACGAGGACCACGGCGUCUCGCGCGCCGUGCCGAUCCCGUACUCGGCGUCGCCCAACGAACACAUUGCGACCGUCUGGACCAACUUGGUCUACUCGGCGGUCUCGUGUCCCGUCGACUUUGUCGUCGCCGGCGCCGGCGGCCUCACGCUCCUCGACUUGCUCGUGCAAAACGAAGAAACGACGGCCGAGCGCAUCCGCCGCAUUGCGCUGCUGCAGUCGACGCACACGGUCGACACGCAUUUGAGUCUGGUGGUGCUCGAGACCCUCGGUCGCCGUGCGAUCAACUGGGAGGGCGCCGUGGGCCUCCCGCUCUGCGGCCAAGUCGUGGGCUCCCAGAGCCGCGUCGGCUGCGUCUGCCUCUCGACAGGCUUCAAAGACGACGAGAGCGAGGAGACCGAGCCGUCCAAGCGUCCGUAUGCGCUGCCGCUUUCGUCAACGCACGUGAAAGCGAUGGAGUCGGCGGUCUUCGCCUUCCUCUCGUCCAACCCGCCGGUGCCUGGCAUGACGGCCAUCGUCAAGGACAUGCGCAGUACGCUUCGCAAGGGCAAGGGCGUCUUUGCGAGCAAGUCGACAAAAGCCGCGCUCGCCAAGCCGGCGCCGGACACGGCGACGUCAACGCCGAUGCGCGCCACGUCGUCCUCGUCGACGGCUUCGACGGCCUCGUCGUCUGUCAUGUCGUACAAGCCCCGGGGCGGCGGUAAUCCGGCGCUGGCGGGCAUUUAUGUCCCAGGCUCCAAGAGCAACAACAGCAUCUUUGAAGUCGUUCAGAAACGCCACAUGCAGGCCAAAGAGAGCUCCCGCGCGGCGUCGAUCAGCAUCAAGGACUUUGAGCUGCUCAAGGUCGUCGGUCAAGGCGGGUUUGGCAAAGUGUUUCUGGGCAAGAAAAUUGCCGGCGAAAACACGGGCGAGACGUACGCGAUCAAGGUGCUUCAGAAGGACCAGGUGCUCUCGAGCGGCCUCGUGCACACGACGAUGGCCGAGCGUCACAUCCUCAUCGAGGUCGCGCACCCGUUCGUCGUCAAGCUCCACUACGCGUUCCAGUCGCAGUCCAAACUCUUCCUCGUCAUGGACUACCUCAGCGCUGGCUCGCUCGCGGUGCAUCUGCGUCGCGUCCGCAAGUUCCAAGAGAGCCACGCGCGCUUUUACGCAGCGGAAAUCGCCGCCGCGAUCGCGCAUCUGCAUCAGAUCAACAUCAUCUACCGCGACGUCAAGCUUGAGAACGUGCUCAUGGACCACGAAGGCCAUGUGAGCAUUGCCGACUUUGGUCUCUCGAAACAAGGCGUGUCAGGGCUCAAGGGCGCCAAGACCUUUUGCGGGACUGCUGCGUACAUUGCGCCCGAGCUCCUCAAGGGCCAGACGUACGGCAAAGCCGCCGACUGGUGGUCGUUUGGCAUCCUCCUCUACGAGAUGAUUGGCGGCAAGCCGCCGUACUACCACCGCAACCGCGACAUUAUGUUCCAGACGAUCCUCAAGCAGCAGUGGGUGACGUUCACGCCCGGCUUUUCGGACGCGGCCGUCGACCUCAUCCGCGGCCUCCUCAACCGCGAUCCGCUCCAUCGUCUUGGGAGUGGUCCCGCGGGGGCGGACGAGGUGCUCAUGCACCCGUUCUUCAACGAGUUUGACUGGGCGCAGCUGCUCCAGCGCAAGGUGACGCCGCCCUUUGACCCGCGCGUGAGCAAGACGGACACGGUAUUUGUGCCCCGGAACGUCAACCAAAACGCCGUCACGGCCCGCGACCGCACCGGUUCCAUCCUCCAGAACCACGACGUCGGCGAGUUCCGCGGCUUUAGCUUUAUCUCGCGACCCGACGACGACCUCCCCUAAGCGUCUCGUAGCAAAGUAUACGUUUCUUCUUGGUCUAGUUCAA